AUGUGUGACAUGGGAGCACUCGAUAACCUAAUUGCCAACACAAUUUACCUGCAAGCUAGGAAAAGCAUAGAUGGAGGUAUCAAGGAAAUGCAAAAGAGACGACAAAGUUUGUUCCUGCCAAGCCAUGCACAAUGUGUUUCGGUGAAGCAAAGUAUUGAUAUUGCAUAUGAGAGUGUGUGUGAACAACAACCAAUUGGGAAAAGGUUGUUCCAUCAGCUUACAGCAACAGUCCCAGAAUAUCAAGUUGCUGUUGACUUCAUAAGUGAAGUUUCCAACUUUUAUCUGGCUGAAAAUGGAGUUAAGGAGAACUUGCGACAGAAGAUUGUAACUGACUUUCUAAAGACUGGUUCAAAAAAUUAUCUGUCCUUUCUCAGUCAAGAACUGGUCGAUAAGUGUAAAGCUGCUAUGGAGAAGGAAACUGAAGAACUCCUGCCUCUGGCUGAAUCAGAAGCUAAGAUGUUCCUCAAGGAACGUGCUUUCCAGGACUUCCUAAACAGUCCAUUCUUUGAAAUGUUCUUGCAAUGGAAAACCUUUGAACGUCAGCCUAUAACUGAAAAAUAUUUUUAUCAAUUCAGAAUUUUAGGUAAAGGAGGAUUUGGAGAGGUGUGUGCUAUGCAAGUGAAAAUAACUGGCAAAAUGUAUGCAUGUAAACAGUUAGACAAGAAACGACUAAAGAAAAAGCAUGGAGAGGAAAUGGCCCUCCUUGAGAAAGAAAUCUUGGAAACAGUUAACAGCCGUUUUAUUGUCAACCUAGCUUAUGCUUAUGAAACCAAGAGCCAUCUCUGCUUGGUGAUGACCUUGAUGAAUGGAGGAGACCUGAAAUUUCACAUUUAUAACAUUGGAGAAAAGGGAAUUGAAAUGAACCGUGCAAUAUUUUACACAGCCCAGAUUACCUGUGGAAUUUUGCACCUGCAUGCUCAGAAUAUUGUGUACCGUGACAUGAAGCCUGAAAAUGUUUUACUGGAUGACAAUGGAAACUGCAGACUCUCAGAUUUGGGGCUGGCAGUCAGAAUUAAGGAGGGCAAAGCCAUUAACCAUAAAGCCGGAACUAAUGGUUAUAUGGCUCCAGAGAUUUUAAAAGAAGAAAAGUACACAUAUUCUGUGGAUUGGUUUGCUCUAGGAUGCAGCAUUUACGAAAUGAUUGCAGGCAGAACUCCUUUUAAGGAUUAUAAGGAAAAGGUCAGUAAAGAUGAAGUGACAAGGAGAACACUGGAAGACGAAGUGAAAUACGAACACCCUAAAUUCACAGAAGAGUCAAAGGACAUCUGCCAACUGCUUUUGGCCAAAAACUCAGAGGAGCGCUUGGGCUGCAGAGGAGAAAAUGAUGACCUUAGAAAACACCCUUUCUUCAAAUCUAUCAACUUCCAACGUUUAGAAGCUGGACUUAUCAAGCCACCUUUUGUGCCAGACCCCAGUACGGUGUACUGUAAGGAUCUUGGAGACAUUGCUGAUUUCUCUGAAGUCCAAGGUAUUGACAUUAUUGACAAGGAUAAGCAGUUUUACAAGAAAUUUGCCACAGGGGCUGUCGCCAUUCCUUGGCAAGAAGAAAUGAUUGAAUGUGGUCUUUAUGAAGAACUCAGCAAUCCCACUAGGAAACCAUCAAAGGCAGGAGUGAUGCAAAAUGGCACUGAUGAGGCUAAGUCAGGUGUUUGCAUGAUUCUGUGAAAGGGAAAAUCUACCCUUAUCUUUCUGUGAUUACACCCUCUGCAGAUUACUCAUUAAUUAGAAAUUAGAAUUUGCUUCUCUCUCAUGCUAGGGAAAUUUGCUUACAGACAUUAGCUCCUGAUCAGCACCACCAAUGAAAAAAGAUAUGCAUUGUAUAUAAACAUCUGGCAUAAUUCUGUGGAGAAACGGAAACAUAAAAAACCACAAAUCUAGUUGCAGAUGAAAAAAAAUUAAAUAAUAUAUUCUCCAAAAGUACCUGUCAAAUUGCUGUGAGUCAAUGAAAGCAGCACUUAAUAGAAGUGGUCCUGUUCUGAAAUACAUUUUGUUCCACUGCAUAUAUAUGGUGUCAAUUUCAGUAAUAGGUAAAUAAAGGCAAAAGAAAAUUUAUAUGUUGAAAUAUGACUGAAAACAAAAUAAUUUGGGGCUUUGAAUUUACCAAGGUUCUCAUUUUCCGUACAGGUAAGUUACAUAGGAAUUAUCUUAAUUCACUAGAUAUAAUCUAACUCCUCUCUGAUAGUUAUGGUGAUAGAAAUUUGCAAAACUAGUGCAUUUUGGAAUACUGCACUUUUAUUCAAACUGGAGUCCGGAAAUGAUCUGGAAAAUGUGUAGCUCAGGUAGUCGGAAGUUGAGUUGCUCUCCGAUCUUGGCAAUUUAUUUGCAAAUGUUUCCUCAUCAUUGCUGCUCUGAUGACAUCCCUGCUGGCAGCUCCUUCCAAUUUACUUUGGCCAACUCCUCUCCCAUACCACUGUAAUUUCCCUCACUCCACUGAAAUACUGCUAUGUCAGAAUUUACUUUCUUCCUAU